CGCGGAAAAGACGAAAGUAAACAAAUUUGUGCAAAAAGGGAAAAGAAGACCGACCAAGUUCGCCUUAACUGACCUAGGCCCCGGUGAGGUUGAAUUGCAUCUCGACCACCUGCCGCCGCCGCCGCCGCCGUUCGACCAUUGCUUCCCGCUCCGCCGCCUCCCUGUCGGUCGCCAGGGAGUUGCUGGGCCCGCGUUUGGGGACCACCUCUGCGUCCAACCGAGCGUCAUCUGCGAGAUCGGGUACGGGCGAACAAGGAUUCGCUGCCAUGGAGGCGUUAAGGACCACCGGGGAGCGACGCGCAGGAGGAGGAAACUUGGUGGGGGCUUAAAGAUCCUCUUUUGUCCCUGUUGCGGCCCUUGAUUUCGGCUUCUAAUUUUUAGGGGAGGCGAGAAUGCAGACAAAUGAGGCUGAGCCCAUCUCCGCGAUUGAUCGCAGGGUACCUACUUUAUCGGAUACCAGGGGGAAGCAUUGGAUUUUGGCGGAAGUCAAGCGAUUGGAGCAAGAAGCUCGGUUCCUCGAAAAAGAGCUUGAAGAGCUUGAUAAAAUGGACAAAGUAUCUGCUUCAUUACCAGAAUUUCUACGGCAAAUAGAAAGCUGCCCAGACCCCUUGCUCCUAGAAACCGCAGGACAUAUAAACUCGUCUUGGGAUCGGUGGUUCGAGGGGCCUCAAGAUGUGAAACGCUGCCGAUGCUGGAUACUCUGAUACUGACAGGAAAUGUUUUUGAUUUUUUUUGUUUGCACUGUCGACGUGAUUGGAAGAGGAGGAUAAGUAGGGAGAGUUUGGUUCAUUUCACAAAAAUAAGAUGCUGAUCUGUGUACUAAUUGUAUUGGCAACUGUGGAAAUGAACUUUAGCUUGACAAUUCGAUAUGUUACUAUC